AUGUUGAAAGGAUGGUUAGUUUGUCAUCAAUAUCGUGAUGAUGGGGGCAGUGAGAGAAGAUUUAGUGUUAAGUGGCAAAAAGAGUUGUUUACCAAUGUGGAGAUAGACACUUCCCAACCCCCAUAUGUUUUCAAGUGCCAGCUCUUUGACUUAACUGGAGUUCCACUUGAAAGGCAGAAAAUUAUGGUCAAAGGUGGUUUACUAAAGGAUGAUGCAGAUUGGUCAAAAGUAGGAGUGAAGGAGGGCCAGAAAUUAAUGAUGAUGGGAACGGCAGAUGAAAUUGUGGAGGCCUCAGAAAAGGGACCCAUUUUCGCUGAAGACAUUCCAGAAGAGAAACAAGUGGUUUCUCUGGUGAGUUCUAGUGUUUAUGUGAGUUCGUGGAACAUUACGGGGCAUAGCCAGUUCUUUAUAAGAAUUAUACAUGAGUUAGAAUCUCUGACUGCGCUAAACUUUUGUGGUGAUUCCAUCAGUGUUAUUAAAUUGCGGGGUCAUUCUGCUGGUUUAGUAAAUUUGGGGAACACUUGUUAUAUGAACUCCACAGUACAAUGUUUGCAUUCAGUCCCAGAAUUGAAAUCUGCUUUGUUGCAGUAUCGUCCUCCAUUUAGAAGCAACUACGUGGAUAAAUCUUCACAUUCAUUGACUGUAGCAAUGCGGGAAUUAUUUAAAGAACUUGAUAAAAAUGUCAAGCCUGUAGCUCCAAUGCGAUUUUUGAUGGCAUUGCGGAGCAAGUGCCCUCAAAUUGCGCAGCUUCACAACGGGAUUUACAUUUACAUGCAGCAGGAUGCUGAAGAGUGCUGGACGCAACUCCUAUUCACCCUUUCAUUAUCCCUGAAAUCUCCCAGCGAAGGAGAUGAUGCAGUGAAGAGGCUUUUUGGUAUCGACAUAGUUAGCAGGGUCCAUUGUGCUGAAAGUGGUGAAGAAAGUACAGAAACGGAAUGCGUAUAUUCACUUAAAUGCCAUAUUUCACAAGAGGUGAAUCAUCUACAUGAAGGUUUAAAACAUGGUUUAAAAUCAGAACUGGAGAAGUCUUCUCCUGCCCUUGGAUGCAGUGCUAUUUACUCAAAAGAUUCUCGCAUAAAUGGCUUGCCUAGGUACUUGACCAUUCAAUUUGUGCGCUUUUUCUGGAAACGAGAAACAAAUCAGAAGGCAAAAAUUCUGCAGAAAGUGGACUAUCCUUUAGAGUUAGAUGUGUAUGAUUUUUGUUCAGAUGAACUUCGCCAGAGACUGGAAGUCCCUCGACGAAUCCUGAGAGAUGAAGAAGGAAAGAAGCUUGGCCUGAAACCUAACGAGAAAGGCUCAACUUCUACAGACAAUGAUGUCAAGAUGACUGAUGCUGAGUUUCGCUUGACUGGAAUGCACAUUGAGCUUGUAUUACUUCGUUUCAUGCAGGGGCUUGCAAUUGGAAGUGAAGAUAACUCGAAAUCUGUACCUGGAGAAGGUGUUCCUGCAAAGAAAGAGAAGCACUUGACAGGGGUGUAUGAUUUAGUUGCUGUCUUAACUCACAAGGGUAGAAGUGCCGAUUCGGGGCAUUAUGUCGCGUGGGUUAAGCAAGAAAACGGUGACUGGCACAUGGCUUAUAUUUGCAUGUACAAGUCUCGUGAUGUUUCCAUGUAG